UUGUACUUCAAGCUGUACUGUUUCCUUGACUUGGAGGAUAUACCUAAAGAAAGUGUGGAAUACACUUUCCUUUUUGAGCAGGUCCAUGAAGCAGUGAUCCAAGGUUACCUACCAACAAAUGAAGAGACAUUACAGUCACUGGCUGCUCUCCGUCUGCAAUUCCUCAAUGGUGACUUUUCCCCCAGUGCACCAUUUCCACGACUAGAGGAACUGUUCCCAAUUUACAUUCUUCACUCUCGUGUUUUGGCAUCUAGCAAGCCCCCUGUAAGACCAAGGACUCCCUGCCCUAGCUUUCACAAAGGCUUUUUCUCUGGA